AUGGCCGCAGCAUCUUCGAGCGCACAAGCAUUCCAAUACGAAAAAGAGUAUAGUGCUCACAACUACCAUCCACUUCCUGUCGUUUUCUCCAAAGCCGAAGGCGCAUGGGUAUGGGAUCCCGAAGGCAACAAGUUCAUGGACUUUUUGUCCGCCUAUUCUGCAGUGAACCAAGGCCACUGCCAUCCAAAAAUAGUGAAAGCACUGUGUGACCAGGCCUCCAAACUGACGUUAUCUUCGCGGGCAUUCUACAAUGACGUAUUUCCUGCAUAUGCAAAGUACGUUCAUGACUAUUUUGGCUACGACAUGGUUCUGCCCGUCAACACAGGUGCCGAGGCUGUUGAAACCGCCAUCAAGCUUGCUCGUAAAUGGGGUUAUGUCAAGAAGGGCAUCCCGGAAAACAAGGCUAUUGUUCUAAGCUGUGAAAACAAUUUCCACGGUCGAACCACUGGUGUCAUGAGCAUGAGCACUGAUCCGGAAUCUUAUGCCGGCUUUGGCCCCUUUCUACCCCUGGUCGGUCCCAAUACCGCCUCUGGCAAGCUGAUCCGCUACAACCACCUUGAAGACUUGAAGGCUGUUUUGGAGGAACAAGGCGAACAUGUAGCUGCAUUUCUUGUUGAACCAAUCCAAGGCGAAGCUGGUAUCAUGGUGCCCGAUGACGGUUAUCUGAAGGAAUGCUACGAUCUUUGCAAGAAGCACAAUGUGUUGUUCAUUGCGGAUGAGAUCCAAACCGGCUUGGCUCGUACAGGCAAAAUGCUCUGCUCCGAGCACGAUCAAGUACGUCCCGACAUGGUGCUGCUUGGCAAAGCAUUAUCCGGUGGUGUAUAUCCUGUUUCUGCCGUGCUGACAGACCGUGAGGUGAUGUUAUGCAUCAAGCCUGGUGAGCACGGAUCCACUUAUGGCGGUAACCCAUUAGGCUGUGCUGUGGCCAUGUCAGCUCUUCAAGUCAUCAAGGAUGAAGAUCUGGUCAACAGGGCUGCGGAAUUGGGUGAGAUCUUCAGAAGCGAGCUGCGGAAGAUCGACAGUCCAUUGCUGCAGACAGUUCGUGGUCGUGGUCUGUUGAAUGCCAUUGUUAUUGAUGAAUCCAAGUCAGACAAAACCGCAUGGGAACUUUGCUUACUUCUCAAAUCUCGAGGUUUACUUGCCAAGCCGACGCAUUUCAACAUCAUCCGUCUCGCUCCACCGCUGGUGAUCAGUGAAGAAGACAUCCGACUCUCAGUUAAGAUCAUUGACCAAGCAUUGAAGGAUAUCGUGACCAUGAAGAAGGAGUCUAUUCCAGGCAUCGACGCAUAG